GGGGACAUUAACCGUGUAACAAACGGCUAACAAUAUAUAGCAUGUAGCAUUUGCAUAAACUUGGAGGAGAUCUUUGGAUAAGUGUGAUCGUGUUUACUAUGCUGUGAAACACUGAAAUGGCUGGUCGUAUUCCUCUGGUUUUGCUGGCCUGUGGUUCCUUCAACCCCAUUACCCACCAGCACAUGCGGCUGUUUGAGCUGGCCAGAGACCACAUGCACCAGACGGGUCUGUAUCGUGUUGUGGGUGGUAUUGUAUCUCCUGUCGGUGAUAAUUAUGGAAAACAGGGUCUUGUUGUUUCGAAACAUCGACUUGCUAUGGCCAGACUGGCCCUGCAGAGCUCUGACUGGGUUUCUGUAGAUGACUGGGAGAGCCAGCAGGAGGAUUGGACAGAGACUGUGGUGACCAUGAGGUACCACUAUGACCGCAUGGCUGCACAGUACCACAACAGCAAGGACCCACCCACAGCCUCUGAUGUUCCUCAGCUGAAGUUGCUUUGUGGAGCAGAUUUCAUGGACACCUUUAAGAUUCCUGGUCUGUGGAGGGAUGAUCAUGUAGAGGAGGUGGUGGGCCGCUUUGGACUGGUCUGUGUGAGCAGAGGUAGCCUGCAACCAGACCGGGCCAUACACGAGUCUGAUUUGUUGUCCAGGCACCGCCAGCACAUUUUUCUCGUUCGGGAGUGGGUCCACAAUGAGAUCAGUGCUACAGAGGUCCGACGAGCCCUACGGAGAGGCCAGAGUGUUAAAUAUCUCUUACCAGACUCGGUCAUUGAUUACAUAAGAGAGCACAACCUUUAUACACAAGACAGUGAGAUGAAGAACAAAGAUGUCAAAAUACGACCUCUUACCAUGCAAACAAUACAAGACUGAUGUACAGGAAGUAGCCUUCAGUGGUCUUGGUCACUAGUAAUUGAAAAUAUGUUUCAAAAGAUUGCAUUUUUCUCUUACUUGUCAUUUUGAAGAUGUGAAAGCAGCUUUAAAAGAGUUGCAUAUUUUGUCUUGUGUAAAGUGAGGAUUAUCCAUGACCGUGGUUUCCUAGUGAAUGUGUAGCGAGAGAUUUACGAAUUGAUCCUGUCUCUGCAGGAGUUAGAUUUGCCAGACCACUGCCGAGCUGUAGGUCUAUGUCCAGGUCUGGGAUUUGAUGACUUAAAUGUCAGAAGGAAGAUAAAUAACAGAGCCUUUACACUUUAGAGAGCAAACACUGCUUCCUCCGUUUCUAUUUGCACAGAAAGCAUCAUUCAUGGUGUCAGAUCCCUAAAGAUGUUCCAUCAAGCUUUUUGGUGAAGGGAAAAAAAGAGUUUUUGACACAAUAAAAUAGAAGAAUGGA